AUGUCCAUCAAUAUAGAAAAUGAGCCCGAUUGUGGGUCAGAUGCUGAUGUUAUGUCUGAUGAUGGACCAUAUAUUCCUGGAAUUCCAUCAACAGAACCUUCAAGUGUCGUAACACUUGAAACAAAUGCAACUACCAAAAGGAAAAGAAGGAGUGUAGUUUGGGAUGAGUUCACAAUCAUUGAUGGGAAGGGUUUUGAUGAUGGGAAGAAUCGAGCUGAAUGCAAAAGAUGUAAGCAAGUUUAUAAGGCUGAUAGUAAUAUUAAUGGAACUGGAAGCCUUAGGAGACAUAUUCUACAUUGCCCAAAAAGGGAAAACAAAGGAAACACAAGCACCCAAAUGAUUUUGGGUGUAAAUGAAGGGAAAGUGAUGUUAAGAGACGAAAAAGUUGACCAAGAUUUUGUGUGGGACAAAAUUACGAAGCUUAUUGUGAGACAUGAGUUACCUUUAGUUUUUGUUGAGUAUGAGGAGUUCAGAGAGUUAAUUACAUACCUUUUUCCGGUGUCGGAUAUUUUGAGGUUAUACAAUUUGGAGUCCAUUAGAAUCAGGAAUUUACUUAAUUCAUUUCCUGGGAGGAUUUCUUUGACAAGUGAUUUAUGGACAUCUAUCACUAAUGAUGGAUACAUUGCUUUGACUGCCCAUUACAUUGAUAAGGAUUGGGUGUUGCAUAAGAAGUUGUUAAAGUUUUGCAUUAUGCCACCUCCACACACUGGCAUCCAUAUUUGUGAAAUAGUUUCAAAAAUCUUAUCUGACUGGGAGGAUUACACUUUCAUAAUAGGUGUUGUGCACAUAUUCUCAAUCUUAUUGUACAAGAUGGACUAA